CAAUUCAGAAACUAUCAUCUUGGAUCGGUAUUUACCGGUCUAGCAUAUUCUGGUUUAGAACCGGACAUGGUCACCCCAUUAGGCCUUAACUAAUAACGAAGGAUAUUUUGGCUUAGGCGGGAGAAGUAAAAUUGUUUAAAAUAGGCGGCAGCUAAUUCCCAAACAGCACUGUACCAAUUAAGGGAAGAAUACGGUAGCCGUAUAGCAAAGAAGAUAGCAACCUCCAAAACGAUGCCGUGAAAUUGCAAUUUCAUCUUCUCGAUAAAUAUCAUGGUAUUCCUACACCAUCAAGCCCCUUCCCGUAAAAGACCUUCCUCUUCCUCUUCUUCGUCGUCGUUUUUGUCCCCUCUCCGCCCGCCCAAAAUCCCCAACUCCACUGCCGCCGAACCACCCCCGUCAUCAUCAUGUUCAGAGAACGACGGUGUUCAAGCAAUUGAUAAAAUGGUCUCUAUUCUAGCAGAUGCAGGCUGUACGCUAGUAAAUCCCUCGGGUCCACCUUGCCUUCCUUCUGAUCCUCUCAAACUCCGCUCCCAUCUCCACCGUCUAUUUUCCUCUUCCGAUAAUGUCUCUGCUUUGCGCUCCAUCUUCCUAACUGGUUUCUCUGCUUACAUCAACUCUCCCAAAAAUCUUCAAAGGGUUUUGGUUUCUUCAAAUCAAUACGGCAGCAAUGAAAGCUUACUACGACAGCUAUUACUGGUUCCACCAAUCCAAUUAGACCUUCAAAUGUUACUUCUGGAAAAGCUUCCAGAAUUUUUUAGUCUAGGUCCAGAAUGUUCACUCGAGGAUGACGUGGCGCGUCUUAUCAUUAAUCAAUUUCGUUGGCUUGAUUUCAUAGUCGAUUCUAAUGCCUUUUGUGAUAAAUUGAUGCAAGUUCUCUCUAUUUGUCCUUUACACUUAAAAAAAGAGAUAAUUGGCUCAUUACCGGAGAUUAUGAAAGAUCAUAACUCUAAAGCUGUGGUUGAUUCCCUUGGACAAAUGCUCCGCGAAGAUUCUUCUAUUGUAAUCUCCGCUCUAGACUGCUUUUCGAAUCUUUAUCUGGAUGACGAGUUACAAGAACAGGUUGUUACCAUAGCAAUCUCCUACAUUAGGACAAUUGACGGGGAACACAUGCCUCAUUUGCUUAGGUUUUUACUGCUUUCAGCAACACCUCAAAAUGUUCAAAGAAUAAUAUCACAGAUUCGUCAACAGUUAAAAUUUAUAGGAUUGUCAUCGAAUUCUCAUGCAACGCAGAGUAGAAAACUUCAAGGAAAAUCACUCAUGGACAAUACGGAGGCGUCUAUUCUUGAUGCCUUGAGAACUAGUCUCUUAUUUAAGAAUAUGCUACGUCAAGAGAUUAUGAGAGAACUGAUUAGCCUUGAGAAACCUCAAGAUCACAAGGUAAUAGACUUGUGGCUUCUUGUGUUAAUACACAUGAAUGGCGAUUCCACUCAAAAGAGCAUUGAGAAGAUUUUUAGGAAGAAGGUAGUUGAUGAUUGUAUUCAGAAGGUUAUGAUUGACCAGUGUAUUUGUGGGAACAAGGAAUUGGUACAGGAUUAUUUUCCAUCAUUUCUUUCUUUGUCCACAUACUUGUUGGCAUGCAGAGAACAAAAGGCUAGGGAGUUCGGGAUUCACAUUGAUAUUUGUUUGUUUGAAGAGUUCGACAAUACUUACUACAGACAGGAGGUUCUUGGUGCACUCGUAACUCAUGUGGGAUCUGGUGUUAGCUUUGAAGUGAAUUCUGCUUUGGAGGCCAUGGCUUUACUGGCUUCCAAAUAUCCUCAAGAAUUAAUUCCUUUUUCUACUCAUAUAAAUGGUAUAUUGGAUUACUUGGAGGCAUUUAGCAUUGAAAAUCUACAUAAGGUUUAUGAAGUCUUCAGCCACCUUGCACUGAUGGCUCGGUCUAGAGAAGAAUGUUUUGGAUCUUCCUUUGCCAAUGAACUUUUAAUUAUAUUAAAGAAACAGGUCAGCCAUCCAGAUGUGAAGUACAAAAGAAUGGGUCUAAUUGGAACUCUAAAAAUAGUCUCUCGUCUUACAGAUGCAAAUGAAGUUGGCAGUACAUUUCAGAAAAACAACUGUGAGGAGGCUUUGGAACUUUUAAGGACAUCUUUGGAUUCUUGCAAACAUUUGCACUUACCAUUGGUACUCUUUUAUGAUGAACUGACUGAAAUGCUGCAACAUAAAAAGCUUCAGCCAGCAAUUAUGGAAUGGAUUGCCAAACAUGCUGGAGAAUUUGAAUCUAUGUAUUUAUCUGAUCUUGAUCAUGGGCAAUUACAUGGUGCAGAUUCAUAUGGAGGAUUAGAAGGGGAGCUAUGGAUGAAUCUGGAUGGAGACAUAACUCCCAUAUGUUUGAGUAUCCUUCCAAUGGCGUCAUCUUCUUUGCAGUCUACAUCUAGUUUACAGAUUCUCCCUGCUCACUUUCUUUUACUGUCAUCUGUGGAGAGGUUGACAAAUGGGGGAUCUCUUGGUGGAAUUGAUGCAUUACUAGGCUGCCCUUUACACCUUCCCUCUUCUAAGUAUCUCUCUGAAGCUGGACGACAGUCAUUGACAACAAAGCAGAAAGAGAUUGUGGGCAUUUCUCUUUAUUAUGCAAUUAAUUGGAUAAGAGAAUUGCUUAAUGCUUUUUGCACGCAAGUUGCUCAAGGAUUUGAAUGCAUAAGCCAAGCCAUGAAGGAGGAUAUAGUAGCCAAACUAUUGAAGCGUUUGAGGAACCUAGUAUUUCUGGAGAGCUUGUUAAAUAAUUUCAUCCAAGGUUAUCCUAUGUGUCUACCAGAGUUGUUCCUUCAUGUGCAGCAUUCUGGAACUUUAUCCCUAGAUCAUGCCAACAGUAUGCUACAUGUUGAAAAUAAGAAUGAGCACAAGAAAACACAUGAUACUGCAUCUCCAGACAAGAGAAAACAUAGAAAGAUCUUGAAGUCAUCAAGUUCAGGUAUAAAUGGAAAGCUCCGGCAAACAACAGUAUUUGAUGUGUUGAAGAAAGGGGGAGCCAUAACCAGCCAACAGUCCUUACAUGAGGAUUCUUCUCACCAGUCUUUGAAGACUCCGGUUUCAGCAAAUCAAGGUUCCUGUACUGAACCAUUAAUUCUAGAAGUCCCUGCAGAUACCAAGACUCUUGAUGGACACAGAUCUAAAUUCCGGCCUCUUCUGAUCCAAUGCUUCUCCCUUUUGGAAUUUUCUAAGUUGCAGAAGAAAGACUCCUGUUGUUCAGAUCCUGCAGCUGAGUUACCCCUUUACUUGUACCUUUUGGGCGACCUACACAACAAGCUGGAUUACUUUACUCCUGGAAAGGAAAUGCCAUCUAGAUGCAUGGGCCCUGCUCCUGGUUUCAGCAGAUUGAUAUCAGAAGAAUUCUUGAGCAAAGUCGGGCCACUUUUCCCAAAUCUCAGAAGGCACUUUGAAUGUGCACUUUCUGUUCUUAAAGAAGUGGUUAAAGAUACUUGUGAAGAACAUUGGAAAGUGCAUUCUGCAUCUGCUGGCAAUCCAGAUAUAGGCAACCUUGUCUUUUCAAAAUCUUCGGUUUCCAUCUCGGUAUCUAAAGAAAUACUUUGUUGUUUUCGUAAGUUCCUAAACCUUCCUGAUGUUCAAAUGGAAAAAGCAGUUCUCUCGGAUCUGCUUGAAGCCUUCCAGUCCAGCAAAAUAUCUGAGGUUGUUCUAUCUUCUAUUCAACCUAGUCCUUUACCUGGGACAAUUGAAUUUUUAUAUCUAGGUGCUUCAUCAUUUUUAGAAGAUGUGUUGAACACGGCAUCUUCAGUCUCGUUUACAUUAGCUUCAGAAUCUCUUCUCACCCUAGAAUCACUUGUUGCCUCACUCCAUAUAUUCUUUGAUAAGUCGGAAAAGACUGGUAAAAGCACAGGCUCAAUAUCCAUUCACAGGAUUCUUCCAACUUUGCGCAGAAGUCUUGGUACUUCUGCCCAGAAGCUCUUAAGGCAUAACUGGGGUAACGGAAAUCUUGAGAAUGGUUGGAAAAACAAAGGAGAAAUUGUGCAAAAAAUGUUGCAUAUUUACUUGGAGAAUAAUGAGUCUCAAUCUGAUUUGCUUGAUGAGCUGGCUGCCUCUAUUUUUCCUCAGGUCGAUUCAUCUGGAACAAUAACAGAGGACAAUAAUCUUGGUUUUGGGAUGCUGUGUAAUGAGACAUUUGUUGUGUGGUAUCGUGUACUGCAUGAAGUGAACCUUGCUAUUCUUAACAGUAAGGUUAAAGAUACCAUUAUCAAGAAACCCAGAGCUGGUGUUGAGUUUGAAACUGUUGAAAAAUAUUUAGUCGAAAUUCGAAGGAUUGUCAAUGUUGUAGUAUCAUUAGUUAACAUGUGCAGGACUUAUGAUAAGGUAACUGUGCAUGCCAUGGCUGUCAAAUAUGGUGGGAAAUUUGUCAAUUCGUUCCUCAAUGUGUUCGACUUCUUACGGGCCCACUUUCAAACACACAAUGAACUUGUAAUCGAAUUGGUGAAGGAGCUUCAGAAGGCCACAAGAACCAUACAGACCUUAUGCUCUGAAGCAAAGGUACUGAAAAAAAUUGCGGUCACUAGCAAAAUUCCUUCUACGAAGCGAGCUAUAGAACGCUUUCUAUUUCAUGUCAAGGCUCUUCUUCAUGCGACGUCUAAUGCGCGUACUUUUUGGAUGGGAAACUUGAAACACAAAGAUUUAAUGGGUCAGGUGGUAGGGUCCCAAGUGUAUGGGGAUGAUCAAGAUGCUGACGUUGAUGGAGAUCUGGCAGAGGCUGAGGAUAAUAAUCAACCUAUUAGUGUUGCUAGUGAGGACAAAGACCAUCACCUUCUGAAUAAAUUAAAUGCUUCCUUGCAUUAUGCUGAAUUAUGAAAAAGCUUCACUAGCCCAUCAUGGCGAUGUUUGGGACACUUUGUAAUUAUUCCAAAAUUAAUUUGGAUACAAUGAAAUAAAAUUUAAUGACAUUCUUGAA